AUUCGGACCCAAAAUUUCGGCCCGGUCCAGACCAGCCGAGCCUGGCCCGUAUUUGCGAGCCCAGCACUUCUGAGGAACCAUGCCCAAAGGCCAACCCUAUGGCUAUGGGGGCCUCUCGCUCGAUUCAACCGUGAGUUCGUUGUUGCAGGCUUCCGAAGAUUGGCUCAGAAAUGGCGAUGAUGCAGUGGUGCGGCGCAGUAGCCAGGAGGAUGAUGAUGACGGAGCGAUCAGCGGUCGCAUCAUCUCUGUUCUCGCCGGCGGCUUCAUCGUCCUCAUCACCGGCGGCGGUGCCGAUCCUAUGCGGGCGAGGGGAUAAGAGGACGAAGAAAGGGAAGCGGUUCAAGGGAACGUACGGCAACGCGAGGCCCAAGAGGAAGCAGAUGAUCCAGCGGAUCAAGGACAAGGUUGAGGUCCCCAGGUCCACUCCUUGGCCUCUCCCUUUCAAGCUCAUUUGAUUUCAAAAUCUUCUCCACAUUUACUAUACUCCCUUUUGUAAGUUUGUAACCCUCUAGUAUUGUUCUUGAGCUGGGGUUUUUCUUUCCUUUUUUCGUCGAUUGUGAACUUGGCUUCAGUGCCUGUACAUUUUCUUUUUUAUGAGAUAUGAAUGAAUGAACCCCGUGUUUUACAUGGUUCUUGGAAA